GCUAAACCGGAAGUAGGAAGCCAACGAGAGUUUGACAGUUUAUUUACCAGUUUAUUUAAAUGUACAACAUUGUAACGUUAGCAUUGCUAUUUGAAAAAAAGAAUACAGUAACUUUCGAAUAAAUAUUCUCAGGUGUUGGUAUUUCCCAGCCUACAUCCAACGAGACGCGAGGUUACGACCAACAGCAGUGGCAGUCAUAAAUUAAAACUAAACUAGAUUUAUAUCUAAUUUAUCAGUUAGCUAGCUAGCUCAGGGAUUGAUUUACAAUGGAAGAGGUAGUAAUCUGAACAUGUGCUAGCCACAUCACUUUUCUGCUCUGCAAACUGCUCGUUUGUUGCUAUACCAAAUGGUGCGGCUAGCUUGCAAGUCAAGUUGCUCAACGCAUGCUAGUAACAGCAGUACUAGCUAGCUACGAUUUUGUUGCUUGAUGAUGCGACUUUGUUUUCUAGACUCUGAAGACCCGUCCAGCCCGUCUUCAUCCUGCUCCACUGAACCCCAACCCACGGUGUCCCCGGGUCCUGACAGGAACCAGGAGGACAGUAACCAUGGUGAUCAGAAAGACACACCGCAGUGUCAGGAGAGGUUUACUGUGAGUCUGGACAUCAACAGUGAAACACCAACAUUUAAUAUCGUAGUCAAAGAAGAAGAAGACUGGGAACUAGAUAACACAGGAGAGAGUCCCAGCCAUCACUCUGCAGCCGGGGAGAGUCCCUCUAUAUCAGUAUCAGGAGAACCUGAACAACACCAGAUGAAACGCAGAACGAGGCAGAAAAAGACCCACCCAUGCCCAGAUUGUGGGAAACACUGCCAGACAUUAUCGGCACUACAAAUACACAUGAGAACCCACACAGGAGAGAAGCCUUAUACCUGCUCUGAGUGUGGGAAGGGCUUCACUCAUCAAUGUAGUUUGAGAUGCCACCACCAGAAGAAACAUUCUGAACAGAUUAAAACUGACCCGGAUGACAAGAUUGGCUGCUGUUGUGGACAAGAGUUCUCUUCCAAGAAUGUUCUGGAGGUUCACUUGAAGACAAACACUGGAGACAAGCCUUACACCUGCUGUGUGUGUAAGAAGACCUUUACUCAUAAAGCAUUACUGAAAGUACACCAGCGAUCCCACACAGGAGAGAAGCCUUUUUCUUGCUCUCUGUGUGAGAAGAGUUUUACUCAAAAAGGAAAUUUGACAACACACGAGAAGUCGCACGCCGGAGAGAAACAUCCUUGCUCAGUCUGUGGAAAGAGUUUCACUCAGAAAGGCUAUCUGAAGAUUCAUCAGCGGCUUCACUGUUCCGAAGGGGAGUUGAGUUCCUCUGUAUCAAGAGCACUUGAACACCGACAGAGGAGAGCCAAGGCGACUCACAGAUGCCCAGACUGUGGGAAGGAGUUCCCUCAAACAUAUUACCUGGACAGACACAUGAGAACACACACAGGAGAGAGGCCUUACCAGUGCUCUGUGUGUGGGAUGAGUUUCACGCAGAAAGGAAAUUUAAAAACGCAUCAGAAAGUGCACACUGGAGAUUAUCCCUCCAGCUCCUGGUCCACUGGUGAGGGGAGUCCCUGUACAUCGGGAGAAGCUGAACAACACCAGGAGAACCACGCGGACGUCACAUCUCACGGCUGCCUCGUGUGCGGCGAGGAACACUCUAACCUCCCGGAACUACACAAACACAUGAGAUCUCACUCGGGAGAAAAGCGCCUCGUCUGCCCUGUGUGUGGCAAGACUUACCCCAGAGAAUUUGACCUCAAAGUCCACCUCAGAACACACACAGGAGAGAAACCCCACGAGUGCAUCGAAUGCGGCAAGAGCUUUGUUCGCAAACAAGGACUCCGGCAGCACCAGCGGACACAUGAGGCCAAGCCCAUCGGACCGACCCGCCAGCUAGGCAGGCCAAAGCACUUAACCAGGGCUCAAAUGUCCAAGAAAGUGCCUAAGAUGGAGAGUGAUACGGAGAUGCAGGACUGCCAAGUACUAUGACAAUUAACCGCGACUUUGUCUCUUUAGUAGAUGGUGGUAGUAAUGUCCAGGCAGGAGAGGACCUGAAGGACACAAGGAAGUAGUAAUGUAGCUAGCGAAGCUAACGUUGGAUAAGCUGUUGUUUACGUUCUCACUUCACUGACUAACGUUAGCUUGCAACUAGCUAGCGUAACCUUUCUUUGAGCUGAACGCAACAAGGAAAGAACAACAUUUUUGUUCUUCGUAGCAAAGCCAGCAACGGUGGAUUAACGCUGGCACAGCGUCCUUCUCGAGAUAAUUUCAAGUUCAUUCACAAUGCAUGAGGUUAGCUAACGUCAGCUAGGUAGCUAACUAGUUGGAGCCAUAGAUAUCCUAUUAAAUUACAAGAGGGACUGUGCCAUAAACCCUCAAAGUUCCAUAGUGGAGCCAAAAAUGGCAGCCAUCUUGGUCAGGGAGAAAUACAAAACCAGUCUAAUUGGUAUGAACGGCAGUAGGUGAUGUAGGAAAAUAAAAGUAAGGCAUGUGAUGUAUCAGAAAUUGUGUCAUAAAUUACAUUCAACCUAAAAAUAUUGGUUAUAUAAUUGUAAAUACCUGUUAUACAGGUUUUAUACAAAUGUUCUGUAUAAAUUGUCUCUAAAAUAUAUGCAAACAGACCAUAAA